AUGCCCGCGGAGGCGGCCAGCAGCGCCGGCUGUGCGGAACCCCCCGGCGUUCCGCGGGAGCGGAGACGGCGGCGCGGCCGUGCGCGGGCGCGUACCGAAGCGCUGCUGCACACCCUGAAGCGGAGCCGGCGGGUAAAAGCCAACGACCGGGAGCGGAACCGCAUGCACCACCUCAACGCCGCCCUGGACGAGCUCCGCAGCGUCCUGCCCACCUUCCCCGACGACACUAAGCUCACCAAGAUCGAGACCCUGCGCUUCGCCUACAACUACAUCUGGGCCCUCUCCGAGACCCUCCGCCUGGCCGAGCAGUGCCUCCCGCCGCCCCCCGCCUUCCGCGGGGCCGCCGCCCCCCCGAGCCCCGGCAGCGAUGCCGGUUCCUGGCUUUCCACCGCCUCCCCGUCCGCCCCCUCGCUCUGCGCCUCCGCCUCCGGCCCCAGCAGCCCCGCCACCUCCGAGGACUGCGCUUACGCGCCCGCCGACACCCUGCGCAGCUUCCGCGGGCUGCCCGCCGCCGCUCCCCCCGGCGCGCCCUGCCUCUAG